AUGACCACCUGCAGGCGCCAGUUCACCUCCUCCAGCUCCAUCAAGGGCUCCUGUGGCAUCGGCGGUGGCUCCAGCCGCGGGUCUUCCGUCCUGGCCGGAGGCUCCUGCCGGGCCCCCAGCACCAACGAGGGCCUGUCUGUCUCCUCCUCCCGCUACUCCUCCGGGGGUGUCUGUGGGCUUGGGGGCGGCUAUGGUGGCAGCUUCAGCAGCAGCAGCAGCUUUGGUGGGGCCCUGGGUAGCAUCUUCGUUGGAGGAUAUGGUGGUGGCCUUGGAGUCUGCCUCAGUGGUGGCAGUGGUGGCAAUGUUGGCCUCCUCUCUGGCAAUGAGAAGAUCACCAUGCAGAACCUCAACGACCGCCUGGCCUCCUACCUGGAGAAGGUGCGCACCCUGGAGGAGGCCAACACGGAGCUGGAGGUGAAGAUCCGUGACUGGUACCAGAAUCAGAGGCCCAGGCCUGCCCGUGACUACAGCCCCUACUUCAAGACCAUCGAGGACCUGAGGAACAAGAUCUUCGAGGCCACAAUAGAGAAUACACAGCCCCUUCUGCAGAUUGACAACGCCAGGCUGGCAGCCGAUGACUUCAGGCCCAAGUAUGAGCAUGAGCUGGCCCUGCGCCAGGGCGUGGAGGCUCACAUCAAUGACCUGCGCAGGGUGCUGGACGAGCUGACCCUGGUAAGGACUGACCUGGAGAUGCAGAUCGAGGGCCUGAAGGAGGAGCUGCUGAAGAAGAACCAUGAGGAGGUGAUGCUUACCCUGUGGAGUCAGACCAGCGGGGACGUCAGCGUGGAGGUGGAUGCUGUCCCCAGCGUGGACCUGAGCCACAUCCUGAAUGAGAUGCGCGACCAGUAUGAACAGAUGGCAGACAAGAACCGCAGAGAUGCCGAGGCCUGGUUCCUGAGCAAGACAGAGGAGCUGAGCAAAGAAGUGGCCUCUAACAGCGAGCUGAUGCAGAACAGCUGCAAUGAGUUGAAUGAGCUCCGAAGGGUGCCCUGGGGCCUGGAGGUCAAACUGCAGUCCCAGCUCUGCAUGAAAGCAUCCCUGGAGAAGAGCCUGGAGGAGACCAAAAACCGCUACUGCCUGCAGCUGGCCCAGAUCCAGGAGCUGAUCUGCAGCGUGGAGGAGCAGUUGGCCCAGCUGCGCUGCGAGAUGGCACAGCAGAACCACGAGUACCAGAUCCUGCUGGACGUGAAGACGCAGCUGGAGCAGGAGAUCACCACCUACCGCCGCCUGCUGGAGGGCGAGGACUCCCAGUGA